AUGUCUAAAUCAAAAGAUGUUAGACUAGACACACCAAGAAAAGUCUUUCUUUAUAAUGAACUCGUUGCAACACUAUUAAUCCCUGAUGAUGAAAUAUUUUAUAGUGAAAUAGAAGAAGAAAAAGAAACAAAAUUAAACACCAUAAAACCUGGCUUCUCUUCUGCAUUAAUAACUGAUUGUAUAAGUGAAUACUUUAGAGAAGGUGAACCUCCCAGAAGAGAAGAAUUUAAAAAAUUUAUUGAAAGUAAAGAAUGGGAGCCAUUUAGAAAACAAAUAUUUAUGGAAUAUCCAAUGAUUGAAGAAAGGUAUAAAAGAGAGGUGUUUGACAACAGAAUGAAAGAAGAAGAUUUUUUUGAGAAAUUCUUUAAAUCAAGAUAUUUUGGGGAAGUAGAAAAGAAUAGUAUUGAUAUAUUUCAAGACACUUUCCGAACUGAUGAACGUGAAAGAAAAGAAAGAAAGAAAAAAAUCAGGGGAGAUUUUUAUCAAAAAGACAUUGCUUCUAUUGAAUUAAAAAAUGAUGGCUGGGAAGGUUUUGGUACUAGAGGUAUAACUUGGGGGAUAGAAAUGAAUAGUAGAAGACAAAUUGACGUUGAAAGAAAUGUUUCUGUUAAACGAUUUAUUGACCAAAUUAAUUGGCACAGCGAAGUUGUUGUUAGGCAGAUGGAAAAAAAUGUUAAAGAUGAGCAAGAAGUAGACUAUGGGUUUGUAGAAAGUAAACGACUCUCUAAUGUCCAAAAUGUUGACUACACACAAUGGGGAAUUGAUCCAAAAUUAUUUGAUGGUAUAGAAAUCAAUAAAAUUGAUUCUUUAAAAAUUUGGAAUACCACUCAACAAGGUGAAAUUAUCAAACAACCUUCUACCCAACAUUCAAUAAAUAAAGGACAAGAGCUUGUCAAAGUUUUAUUAUUUUAUCAGUUGUGUUCUUUUUGUUUAAAGUGUUUUUACAAAGAGUUAACUUCUGCAACACUCCAAACCCGUUAUGAAAAAGUUAUCUGUGAUUGUUUUAAUUUCGUAGAAAAACAAAUUUCUUCAGAACCAAUUGCUCACCGUCCAUUGUGGGAACAAAUACUUAAAGAACUUAAAAAGGCAAUAACAUUAUUUAAAAAAAAAUAA